CGUUUUCGAACACAAGAAAUGGCGAGGAAUUUAGGUGUUUUGGUGCGACAGGUGCGAGGCAAUGGCGACAAGCCCUGCGCAGGUCUUCUUCUUCAUCAUCUUAAGCUUCCUUGUCAUUCUAUCCAAACCCUAAUAUCCCUAAAAACCCUAACUUUAAUUCCAACCGCACCAUCUUUACCGCCCACAGCUCCUUCCACUCCCAAACCAUUAUACGAUUCCCCGCACUCCACAAACCUUCAGUUUCUUCAGCACCGAACUCUCACUUCACCCUCAGGUCCCUCGGACAUUCAGAUCAAGAAAAAACGAAAAAAACGUCCCUCGAACAUUGUUACCGUGAAGACUAGGAACCAGUAUUAUCCGGCGCUGUGCAAAGUUCGAAGCAAAAAAGCGCCAGUAGUUUUCUUCUUCACUACAGCCUGCUCUGAUGCUUGCCCACUCAUAACUCCAGUCCUUCAAGACCUGAGUGAGCAAUUCCCACAUGUAACAAUAUAUAAGUUUGAUAUUUUCGGGGGAAAAAUUGCCGAAGCAUUGUCUUUGUACGUUGUCCCUGCUUUGCCCACAUUUUUUUUCUAUAAAGAUGGUGGAAGGGAGUCUCGGAUUAUUGGUGCUGAUGUGGCCGGAUUGAAAAAUACUUUUGAAAAACUCUACAGGUCUACCACCAGCCAUGGUUUCCAGAGACAGAGGGUCGCCUCUUCCGAAGGGCUCCAAGUUCUCAGUGUACCAGAACUCAUCCUUCUCCGCUAACCUCACCGCCAAAAGUCUCCGGCCUUCCAAGCAUUCAUUCCUCUACAUCUUCUCUUCUCUCCUCCGACUCUGCUGUCGCUUUUAUUGCCAUGUUGUCCAGUACCCAGUCAUCAUCGUCUUCAUAGAAAAAUACAAAACCCAAUUGCUUAGAAUUCUAAUCAAUUGGGUUGGAUGUUUAAUAACAGGCUUUGGGCUAAUCAGUUGAGAAACUGACGAGGAAGGUGAAACCUGCCGUGAUCAAAACCUUCGUAAAGGCCCUCACAUGCACAAAUUUAUAAAAUAACACUUGAGAAAUAAGAAAACAAAUAAAGCAACAUAUUUUUAGGGA